AAAUUUCCGGUUUUCAGGUUUCCGCGAUGAAACUCGUGAUAACUUUGCAUCGUCAGAUUUAUGCAACAUUUGCUAUUCUGCAGUGUUAUGAACUAAAGACUGGUUGCUGGUAGGACAUUGGCUAUUGUUACCAGUUCUCCAUAAUGCAGUUGGAGGCCCAGCUCCGCUUGUGUCAGACGUGUCUGUGGUGCUACAGGGGUGGCAUGCGAUUGUUUUCUCAGGGUCACAAUUACAGAAAAUCUGUAAACCAUUAUGAACUUUUGGGAGUCAAAUCAGAUGCAUCCUUGGAAGAAAUUAAAAAUGCAUUUUUUGACAAAUCUAAAAAGGUGCAUCCAGACCGUGACCCCUCUAAUCCAGAGCUCCACAGCCAGUUUGUGAAGUUGAAUGAGGCCUAUAGAAUUCUGAGCAAAGAUAAAAGCCGGAAAGAAUAUGACCUAAAGCUUAGACAUCAUUACAGUGCUCAUCAGACCUAUGGAUCUGACUUUAAAUAUACUGACCCUGCAGACAAAUUCAGGUCAGAGGCAUAUGAAAAUCAGCGCUAUUGGGAACAGUUUCGUCAGUCUAAUGCACAUAACAUGUCAACUGAUGCAUGGCAAAAGAGGAGGACCCAAAACCUGCGUGUGUUGGGUUAUUGCAUUAUUGCAAUGGUGUUAAGUGUUGGGUUUCACUACCUCCUUUUCAGAAAACUGGAAGAAAUCCACAAUAAUUAUAUGGAUGAGAAGGAUAGAGUAAUAACUGCAAUUUACAAUGAAGCAAAAGAACGAGCCAGGGUCAACAGUUUUGAAAAGCAGAGAGAAAUUCUCAGCCAGAAACAUGCUGAGUUUUUACAGAAGUAUAGAAUGCGUCGUGGUGGAGACGAAUAGUAGGUUUUCCUGACACAGGUGUUUUGUGACAGUACAGGAAAAAGAGGUUGUUAAACUUUUAACAAUAUUUAAAUCUUUGGCAUCAUGAAAUGAAACUUGAAUGAGGCCCCAAUUGUGUACCUGAAUGGUGAGUAGGGAGAGACAUUCAGUAGAAUCACAGUUGUGAAUCAGUCCCCUAACGCUGCAACCUAAACCUCACCAAACCAGGCACAGGCUGGUGGGUAUUUUCUCUCUCUCAUUGGAGGACUAAACUUAUUUAUAUUACAAAUGGCAAGGCUUGUUUUUUUGAGCCUCAUGCAUAAAACCCUAACCUCCUGUUGUUGAAACAGGAUUGGCUUUGUUGGUAGUGACUUGGUGCAGGAUGAUUGUAAAUAUACAAGUGUUGUUGUGUUAAGAGCCCACAUUUUCAUGUGUGCCUACUGUUGCCUUAUUUGGCUUAUCCAUAUAUGAAUAAUGAAACAAAUAAAACUGUUGACACUCUUACUGAAAUAA